GGUGCUUCAAAAGACAUUUUACAGUAAUUUUAAAGUUAUAAAAAGAAGCUUUGUCGAUUUUCCAACCCGCUCUCUCGAACUCCUCUAAACUCGGUAUCACGUACCGACGUCGUCGUGCAUCAACACACAUCACCCGUUUGUCAACGUUACACUCCCUCUCCUCGCCACUUCUUCACAAUGCCAAAAGAACGCACCCUAAACCCUGCCCUCGCAAAACACAAGGCAGACAAACAACGUCAAAUUCGCGCCGGGAAAACCCAACAACGCAAAGCGCAGGAUGAACGAUACGCGAAACGGAAUCCGGAGCGAAUUCGGGCGCAGAUAGCGGAAUUGAAGGCGAGUUCGGAAGGAGCUGGACUGGGGACGGGAGAUAGAAGAGUGCUGGAGGGGUUGGAGGGGGAGUUGAGGAAGAUUGAAAGGGCGCGGACAGCGGCUGGGAUCAGUACAGCGCCAGCUGGGGAACGGCUGGGUAGAGGGGAAGGCAGAGAUGGCGAAAGAAGGGAAAGAGGACCGAUCAUCGAAAGCGAUCGUACAAAAGAGCAGGACCGCAGCCGUCGAGAACGACAAGAACGCCGCGAACGCAACCCACCAAAACCACGGAUCCCGAAAGAUCCGAAGAAGUCGAUAUACUACGAUCCGGUGUUUAAUCCGUAUGGUGUUCCGCCGCCUGGGAUGCCGUACCGGGAGAUUGGGCAGGAGGAUAAACGAGAGCAGGAGGGUGGGGAUGGGGAGUAUAGCGAUGCGGAUAGUACGACGAGUUCCGUGCUUGCGAUUCCUAUGCCGCCGGGUACGCCGCCACGAUUGUCGGAUGAAGAAGUCAGCGACGACGAGGAGGUGGAUAUACCUAUGCCUCAACAAAGAGAACCGAAGGAAGAGAAGAAUAAGGAGGAAGUGGAAACAGGACCAGUACAAGCAGUGUAUGAAGCUGCGCCGGUUCUUCGCGAUCUGCAGAAGGAGACGAUUGCGGCUGGAUUUGUGCCUGCUGCUGUACGGCGGCACAUGCCUGUUUCUAGACCGGCCGUUUCUCAAGUGCAAGCGGAUGUGGUGGUGCGAGGAGGGCAAGGACUGGAGAAGAAGGGGGUGAAUGCGGCGCCGGAGGUUGAUGAGGAGUAUGAUGCGUUUAUGAAGGAGAUGAAGGGGUUGUUGUAGAGGACAUUGAAUCGAGUAACGUGUGAUUGAAGGGGAAGAAUCCGGAGGGAAGACGAAGAAGAGAGUCCCCGCACGGGUCGUGGAAGAUGGCAAUGAACGUGGGAAGACCCUUGUAGACUAUGCGUAUUAAGCAGCGAGUUUCGGAACCAAGCUCAAGCAUAGAUUGCAUGCCAAGUCCUGUUCAAACGCUUGCGAGGAUGCCAUCCGCUAUGCUCGUCAUCCUCGAGAGUCAACGGCCCCUUCCCGUUGCUCGAAGCUUCAAGCCAAGAAUGGCCAAGGCGUGAGUUUAAUUCUUGGAGGUGAUCGGCUGUUUACACUCGCAUCAUCGACAUGCAGUGGUCAUCCCGGGUCCCGGCCAGCGUCUGUGCUCAUGAAUGCUCUCCCUCCUCGACCCCCUAUCCAACCCCUUCAACAACAAACAAGAUCUAGAAGCUGAGCCCCUUCGUAAAUCUCUGCAAUGAUGCUCUUCUCUUCGCU